AUGGCAAAGAGUAUCCGUAGCAAGCACUGCAGACAGAUGAGAAACAUUAAGCGACAACAUUAUGCUAAGAAAGAUCUAGAACGUCUAAAAAGUUUGGCCAUCAAGUCUUCUGAACCAAAGGAUAUUGUUACAAUGAAAUCUGCACAGGAAAUUAAAGAACCAACAGUUGAUGCAUUGACCAAAGUUUAUGACAAGAGAACUUUGCAAGAUGAAAAUAGUCAUUACCCAGAUUGA